AUGAAAUAUUUGAAGAUGAUGAUCCAGGGUUUGCUGAUACUAGUAUUUCCGAAACUAAAGACUUUAGCUACACAAAAGAGGACCUUAAAUGAUGAAGAAUGAUAUGGUGUAGACGGAGAUAUUAUUGAUGCAGACGGAAAGGAGGAGAAAAAUAAUGGAAUUGAAUGAAAAAUAAAUGAAAUUGAAUGAAAUAAGUUGAAAUCUGAUGAGAAUGAGUGCCACCAAAAGAAAAUUCAGGCUCAGAUUGGAAGGAAAAUUUGCCGCGAAAAAAGGGAUGUAAGAGAAUUCAAAAAUAAAUAUGGCGGGCUGAAAAAGAAAUGAUUCAGUCAAGUUAAGGAAACCAAUAAGUGAUGAAGGAGAUCUGAAGCUAAAGAAAUUAAAGAGAAAAUGAAAAUGAAGAAGUGCCAGAUACUUAAAGUAAAUGCUGCAGCAAAGAAUUUUAUAAAAAUUACUGAUAGAAAUUUGAAUUUAGUGGAUUUUGUGCUGGAUUCUUGAAAAUACGAAGAAGAAGGGAAAAAAGCGAGUUGAAAUUAA